AGAAAAUGGCAAAAAAACCAUUUUAUACAGUCUAUAGCUAUAGAGCUGUCACGCUUCUACUCCAAGGUCUGGUCGGUGAGACUAAUAUCAUCCUUUUUUAAACCCUCUGGCCCAUAGUUUAUGUGUUCCCUCCAAGUUGGGAACUCUAUAUUCUCAGUCAAAAUCUCUGCCUCCCACAAUAUCUCCAUACAUAUUUCCAAGUAUAUUAGCUCAGGGCUAAAACGUAGGAUGCAUGCAAUUUGAUUUGAGCCACCAAGUUUUUAUGGGGUCACUCAACAGUGGAGAAAAGUUUUGCUGUCGAGUGCAUCAUGGGUCGAUCUAAAUUAUAGUUCUGCGUCAAAUAGCUUGUGUUGCAGUGCCAGUUGGUGCCGUUGCUUGUUACUCUGCAUAGCAGAGCGGGCACAGGCCCCCGCCAAUAAAUAACCCUGACGGUUCAUUGAUUUGAAUCACCAUAGAGUUGUGUUUAUCCCAACCCCACUUACAGAACGGUUUGCGUUAGAUGUCUCCCUCUAUAGAUUAAACACAUGCUAUUGCAGGACAUAAUAUCAUCUGAUGUUGAUAAGCGUUGAUGCGACACACCUGUAACUGAAAUCGAAUUGAAGGAAUAUUUACAGGGGUUCAGACAGCAGCCGACAGCCCUGCCCCUGAAAGAAGAAGAACCUGAAGCAGCAUUUGAUAACAGGUGGGGUCAGCGGGAAUGGGUUCUCCUGAUGGUUUUCCCGCGGUUGACUUUCUGUUGUCCGGACACAUGCGGCAGCAAGCGAGGGGGCGAUCCCGGCGUCAGGGCGGAUGGAAUCGUCGAAGCGCGUGUCUGACUGGUCGGUGGACGAGGUGUUGGAGUGGGUGGAGCAGCAGUUCCCGGGUCAGCAAAGCACGCUGCAGACGGCCUUUCUGCAGCACGCGGUGUCAGGCCGAGCGCUGCUGCGGAUGAGGGGGCACCACCUACACCACCUGGGGGUGGAGGCCCCGGCCCAGCAGGGCAUCCUGCAGGACAUCCUGCUCCUCCGGGUGCAGGAGGAGCUGGACAAUCUCAACGACAUCUUCUCGGAAUGCUUUGCUUCAUGAAUGAAGACCCACAACAGCCAAAACAUUUCUGCCAUGCCAGACAUUAUUUGCCUUCCAAAUCCGAUCCCAGUGGAGGAAGAGUGCACUGGAGAGACUGACAAGAAGGGAGUGAGGUACUGAUUGAGCAGGUCAGCCAGAUCGCAGGCACGCAAGUGAGCAACAGAAAGACAAUUCGCCCGUUUCCUGUGUGAAAUCGUGUCCUGUUCAAGAGAGACCAGACUAUGCUGUUUUGGUCCGGGUUGUGUCCUCUCUCUCUCUCUCUGUCUCUCUGUCUCUGUGGAGUGCACUGGCUGGCAGCCAUUUCAGCAGCGGAGGAGAACAUAAUUUCCCACAGCUUGUCUGCCACCCAGCCCGCCUCCCACUAAUCAUGACCAGUCGCAAAUUGACUUUUUGGGGCUUUUUGUCCAUCACAACCACGGAACCACCAUACAUCUGGCCUAUAGAGUAACGAAGUGAGCUGUGGGAAAGAGGAGCAAAAAGCUAACUACACAAACAGGAAUGAGAAUGAGGCAGUUAGUGUCGAGCUCCCAAGUAAAGACAUUCAAGAAGAGGUUGGAGUGGUUGUCAAGGUUCGGACCAUCUAACUAAUGUUCAACCCAAAACUGCGCUCUCCAUAAUGAGAACUGAUGGAUACGAUAUGCAUAUGUGUUUAUUUAACCAUCGGUAUCGCUUUCAAAAUAUCCGAUGCAAAAUACUUGGGAGAUCGUAAUCUCUUCACAAUGCCAUUGCUGUUCACUGCCUGAAUAAAAACAUCCAAACUUAGAAUUGGUUUGGACAAUAACACAAACAAAAAUGUUUUCUUUGUUUUAUUUCCAAAUGUUCCAAUGAUAUGGUCUUGUAUCAGACAAUGUGACCGGCAUAUACAUCCAUGCUGGGAUGUGCAUAUGCACAGGCCUAAACAUACGACUAAACAUACAACACUAGCAGACAUUAAUGCUCAAAGAGCGGUAUUUUAACCUUAAACAAGGAUUAAUGAUUGAUAUUCCAGUCCAUAUUUAUUGAAUAAUAUCUAAAGCCUUUUAUUUGACCA